AUGGGGAAAAGCAUCCACCAAGACUCGCCUAUGUACAUCAAUGAAUCCCUAACCCAGUAUUGCAGUGAACUCUUUGGAAGGGUAAACAAAUUUAAGAAGGAAGACAAGUACAAAUUCCUAUGGACAAUAAUGGUAAGAUCUAUAUACGUAAACAUGAAACCUCACAGACAUUUACAUUUACAAAAUUUGAAGAAUUUGAAGACUUCAUUGCUCCAUCACAAUGAAACUUUAAUAUCUGGUUAAUACUCCUUGUUGUAACUUAGUAGUUAUUUAACCCUUUAAGUCCCAAUAGUGACCAACAUCAAUUUUCUCCUAACAAUAUCCCUACAAUGUCAAGAGAUUAGGUUAUGAGAAUUAAUAAAAUGAUCACCUAUGAGAAAAUGCCUUGAUCUUUUAUCAAAUUCUCUCAACUCAUUCUUUAAGGAAAUGUAUAGAGAUCAGUUUGGAGAAUUUGUGCAUGUAUAUUGGGGCUCAAAGGGUUAAUAAUGGCUUCUUCAGAUGAAAGAGAAUUUAGAUUUGUACUUGUUUCUGGUAAUGUCAGUGACUUCAGCUUCGAGCUCUUACAUGACCGUUUAUAUUGCUUUAAUAAUAUACCUGAUGUAAUUGCUGUAACUGAAACUAGAAUUGAUUGUAACACAUCAGCAAACAUAGAUCUUCCUAACUACAAAUUUUACCAAUUUUUACUGCUGGUGGUGUUGGUAUUUACAUCUCAUCCUCCCUAAAUGCAAUUCAUAGGUCAGAUUUAAGCUUUAAUUCUGUUGAGGCAGAAUCCUGCUGGAUUGAAAUCUUACAGGAACACAAACCUAGCAUAAUUGUGGGAUGUAUAUACAGGCACCCCUCGUCUAAUCUUGCUAAUUUUAUAUCUCAACUAGAAAACCUCGUCAGUCCUUUAAACCAAUCCAUACACGCAUCAGGUCUUUAUCCUAGGGGACAUGAAUAUUGACUUUCUAAGAGUAGGUACACAUUCCAAAACUGAAGACUUCCUUGAUAUGCUAUACAGUAGUAACCUCCUCCCAGUCAUAACAAAACCUACUAGGAUCACAAGCCAUACCGCAACUCUUAUUGAUCAUAUUUACACAAAUGCCUCUACUGACCAAAUCAUACCUGGUAUUGUAACCACUGACAUAUCAGACCACUUGCAAACUUUCUGUUUCAUUAGAAGACAGAUAACAAGGCUAAAACCAAAGAGAUUCUUCAGGGACUAUUCAAAUUUGACUGUAAGACCUAUCUGAAUGACAUAAAGUCAGUUGACUGGACUAGCAUCCUAAAUGAUCCAACCGACAUCCACACUAAAGCCAGCAGCUUUGUCGAAAAACUUAAAGGCAUAGCCAAUAAACAUGCCCCAAUUAAAUGCGUACCCCACAGCCGAUAUACUUUUAAACAUAGAUAGCAUUUUUAAACUCAAAAUCUCCUAGCUAGCUCACAAAAUCUCACAAAAUGAAGCCAAUAUUCCUGAAGUGUUUCGAAACUACCUUGUAAAAGUGUCUGAUAUUCACUCACACAAUACCAGAUAUGCCUCAAAUCUUAACUUUCAUGUACCACGUGUAAGGUCAAAUUAUGACAAACACACAUUUAAGUUUGCCAUAACCAAAACUUCGGAAGAGAUUCCUACUAAUAUAAAAACACUUAGCUACCACAAGUUCAAAAAAGAAUAUAAGCGAAUUCUAGUUCACUGUCAAAGAUAACAAUUGUAAUAUGACUGUCUCACAUACCGUAAAAUUCCGAAAAUAAGCCCCUCCAUGUAUAAGCCCCUCCAAAUAUAAGCCCCCCAAACCGGUAACGCAAAAAACCCUCCGUUAAAUCGCCCCUCCAAAUAUAAGCCCCCCGAGGGCUUGUACUUGGAAAAUUGCCCUCAAAUACAAAGUAAAACAAAGCAAAAACGGUAAAUUUACUUCCAACUACAAGGCUAGGCCAAUCAAGUUUGAAACGCAAAUUUCCCUCCGUAGAUAAGCCCCUCCAAAAAUAAGCCCCUCAAAAAGGGCCUUUGAAAAAUAAGCCCCGGGGCUUAUUUUCGGAAUUUUACGGUAACCUGACUGCUGGCAUAAUCGUCCAUAGUUGCCAUGGCACCAAGCGAACGUUUAUUGUGUAUUUCCAGUCAUAAUAUAGCGGUGGUUAGCUCGAAAGCUAAGCUCCUCUGACCACCGUACACUUCUACCGAAGCCAUUAAUUUUCUUUUUUUCCUUCUUCUUCUACAUUAGUAGUGUAUUCUUACCUUACUAUAUACAAUGUUAAUAUUUUAUAAAGUGUGAAUAAUAAAAUUGAAUUGAAUUGAAUAGGGUCACGCAAUCUCUACCACGAAAAUUCACUGCUAGGUCUAUUUCCGUCUAAAAAUUAUUGUUAGCAUUGAGAAAGUGAAUUUGUUCUUUGAUCUGAAGCAUAGACAUUUGGUGAUAUGCUUUAGGGGAAAAUAGUCCCUUACUGGCUCUUAAGAAGGUGGCACCUAGCAUUUUUGGGUAAGCCGAAAUAGUUGGGUGACUAGUUCGUCGAAGGUAACGUUCAUCUAGCAAUUUCUGAAAUGAAGAGUUCAUUCCCUAAAAUUUCCGGGCACUUCAAUUUUUAGGUAGGAAAUCCGAACAGAUUAAAUUUUUCUAGCUGAUAAAAACAUCUCUUUAAACAGUCUUUAAACGUUACAAAAGAAAUGUCCCUCAAAGGUUUUUUUUGCUUAAUUUGCUCGUUGGAUGACCCCGAAGAAUACGACACUAAUGAUUAGGUGUUAAGAUCUUAACAACCUCUGCCUGCUAUGUUGGGUCCUGUGCCGCAGCAUCUCUACGUCUCGGACUACAAAGUCUAUAAGACUCUUUGUGCUUUGAGGACAAAGAAAUCACCUGGUCCGGAUGGAAUUCCUAUUGUUGUAUGGAAAGAAUUCGCCUUUGAGCUUUCCCCAGCUCUGGCGGAUAUCUACAACUCGUCACUGGAACAAGGUUACUUCCCAACGCAACUGAAGCAAGCCAUUGUGGUCCCAGUUCCAAAGCUUCGACCUCCAAAGUCUGUAGAAAAUGACUUGAGACCCAUCUCACUGACCUCUCCGAUAGCCAAAGUACUAAGCAAUUUGCUCUUCCUGGUCGCUCGACGACUCAGGCUGUUAUCUUCUUUAUACACACUAUUUUAGAAGCACUGGACACUCGUGGCAGAUGCAUCAGAAUUUUCUUCUCAAACUUUAGUAAAGGCUUCGAUCUUGUGGACCACAAUGUACUGUUAAGUGAACUAAAUAAUUUAGAUGUUGACCCCCAUCUUGUUAGGUGGAUUGCUGCUUUUUUAACAAAUAGGAGUCAGCGGGUUAGGAUUGGGAAUUCUUUAUCUCCCCCCGUCGAGCUCAAUGGCGGGACACCACAGGGUACCAAACUCGCCCCCCUGCUCUUCUGCAUUCUAGUAAAUGGAAUGGCAGCUAAGUGUAAAAGCAGAGUCAAGUAUGUAGAUGAUGCUACUGCCAUGGAAAUCAUCCCUAGGUGAUCGCCGUCUUACCUACCUUUGACAGUAUCCGAUAUCUAUACAUAUGCUUCCUUUAGAGGCAUGAAACUUAAUUCAAAGAAAUGUAAAUAAAUGAUCAUUAACUUUAUGCAGUAUAGCCCAUCCCCCCCCCCCCUGUCCCCCUUACCGUUGGGGGUUCUGUUAGCCCUGUUUGGGCUGCCCUGCCAAAGUAUUUAGAGGACACUAUAGAAUCUGUACAAAAAGAGGCCGUACGCAUCGUUUUGCCGAAUUGUCACCAUGACGACGCCCUAAUUCAGUCUGGCAUCACUGUCCUUUCCCAGAGAAGGGAGGAAGCUUGCACAAAUUUUAUCAAGUGUGACUGCCUGCCGUCUCCGGUACUCAAGCCAUUAAUUCCUUGUGUGUCAAUUGACAGGCCAUACUGCCUCCGUUCAGGCGAACGUGUUCCGGUGCGCCUUGUCCCCAAGACAAAGCGGUUCGCAGAUUUCUGCACCAUUAAGUUUCAAGACCUGUUUUAGUCCUGUGCUCUGUUAUUUUUUCUCUGUUAUGUAGUGCUUUUAAUCAUAUUUACAUAAUUAUCUAUUUGAUUGUCUUUGUAUUGUAUAGAGUGUUUUCACGUGACGUCACGGCGGCCAUAUUAGGGAGCUUAAGCAACAGCGUUUUUGAGCGACGGACGUCAACCGGAAGUGGAAUUUUUGCAUCACUGGGAAUGGUUUGGUUGAAACUCUCAGGUAAAUCGUCUUUAAAAGAGAGAAGAAACUCAGCAAUACAAGUUUGUUAGCGUCAAGGCAUAUAAAAAGGGAGAACGGCUCACUUCCGGUUGACGUGCGUGACUCAAAAACGUCUUUGCUUAAGGUCCCUAUUGGUGUCCCAAAACAAUGAAACGGCGGCCAUGUUGGUGUCCCAAACCAAUCCUCUGGGAGUUGUACUCUUUUCUUAUGCAAACGCUUUCUUUUAUUCCAAUAAAUUUGCAUAGAUGGUGGCCACGUGAGUGAAAACACUCUAUUGUCUCCUGUUAUUGUCACUGACCGUUCUUGUAAUUCAGCCUUUGGGCUGCGAGGGGGAUAUCAAUAAACUAUUACAAUUACUAUUACUAUAGCACUACUUCUUUAUCAAAAUGGCCUCAGUGAAAUUUGUCCUUUUCAAAUCCCUGAUAUUUAAUUUUUUUUAAAUACUUUAUCGACAAGCAUAAACUGUAUUCAGUGGACCGAAAGCAAAAGAACAUUUUAAGGGAAAUUUCCCAUGUCACUUGAUAGGGUGUUUAUCCUCCUAGUAUUGACGUUUUCGUUCGAUCCGAAAGCGAAAGAGGAAGAUGGGAAUUUCCCCAUGCCAGGAUAUUUAUUAAUUAUUCCACGAGAGCGUGUUGGAUAUAAGAUGGUAAAUAGCCAACGAGGCGUCGAAUCGGCUAUAACCAAGCUCAUAUCCAACAAUCACGAAUGGCAUAAUUGUUUCAUGUCAGCUAGCAAUUACUUGGCGCAAUCAGUUUCCAGAUAAGGUCGUACAGUACAUUUAACAAUUAUUCUACGAGGGCGCGCUGGAGAAUUGUUUUAUUAAAAACUCCAGGUUAAACAACUCUUCCAUGUUUAUUUUAUUCUAUUUUAUUUUUACUUCUCAGAGCUGCAAAAAUGUUUUCAGCUUGCUUUAUUGAUGACGCGUCCCUUGACCAUACUAGGUACGGCAGGUAUAUGAACUGAUAGCCUGAGUCCGGCGAGCCAAUGAAAAUGCUGGAAAUCUGAUAUCAGUAAUUCAGUUCUUAAUAAAAGCUGAUAACACUUCAAUUCUUUAGCUUUGUUGUAGUUUUUUUAUGUUGUUCUACACUUGUAAGUGGUUAUCGUGAUGUUUUAGUUUAUUCUAUGAACAUCUGAUGUGUCAUGACAUUGUCUAAAAUUGUGUGACAUAGCCGCUUUAAACGAGUCCUUUUCAAACCCAUAUUAAUUUUAUCGAUAGACACAGCAAGGCUCUCCUUUAUGGUCAUAUUUUGUGAAAAUAAAAUUAUUCAGUGGUCUUUGUUACAAAAGCGAUGAUCACAGCUGUAGCGGCAGCAAACUAUUGAUGGCUUACUCUCAUUUUUUAACUUAGAUCCUAUUGUGUCUAAGCAACAACUGUACGGCAAGUGCAAUGGCAAAUAUGGAAGGAUUUGUCCAUCUUGCUAAUGGGGCCAAAUGUAUUCAGUGUGACAACAGCGAUGCAUCAAAAUUUCGGCGUUACUAUGAUGGUGAUGAGCUCCUGGGAGCGUUUUGUGUAAAGUGUGAAUGGGAAUACUUGAAAGAAGCUUUACUCGUAUCACCCAGUCAAGAGAACUGCCUUUACCUCGGGAAGGAAAAUUUUUACAAGAAGACGGUAGCUAUUGACACGACGGAUAGCAGUGUUCACAUGGUGCAUCCAACCAGAACAGAGAUAACCAAUCUAAGCCUGUGUGCAGAUUACCUCAAACCUGGGGACCACAUCGCUUGGAAAAGGCCAUACGUGAUAUGGCAUCACGCAGUGGUCACAGCUGUAGACACUGAAAGAAAUAAAGUUCGAGUGAUUCACUGGAGUAGUCAAAAGGGAGAGAUGGCGCAAAUUACAGAGGAGCUGAUUGACUUGAAAAAGGAACGUGGGAAACUCUACCGUAUGGAUUACAGUGAAGAAGUAAUAAAGGAGAAUCCGCCCCGCCUUGUUUUAGCCAGAGCUCGUUCACGACUCGGUGACAAAGGCUACGACCUCUUUAGAGAUAACUGCGAAUCGUUUGCGGCAUUCUGUAAAAAGGGAGUGGAAAGAAGUCAACAGGUUCGCUGGCUACGGAAAGGGAUGGUUGAUCAGUUACAAAAAGCUCUCGGUUCACUUACCGGGAAAUCAUUGGAACUCGUAAAGGCGUCCUUCUUUCCACAAACUGUUAAGGUGAGUACCGCAGAAGCAGUAGAGAAAGUAGCUAACAACCAACAAUGGAUUGGUUUUGGUCUUGUGGUUGUCAUCGAAGGUGUAAUAACAAUUAUCGACAUCAAAAAGUUGUACAGAGAAAGAAAAGAUGGCAAUCUAACAAGAAAAGUUUUCAUUGAGGAAGUCACAAAACGAGUCACCGAGGCGAUACUUGCUGGUGGACUGGCGGCAGCUGGUGGUUUGGUGGCUGGACCACUUGGCAUCUUUGUGGGGAUAAUUGGUGGAACGUGUGGAAAACUUGUCGGUUCCUGGCUUGGACCUUAUAUUGGUCGAGCAAUAACGAAGUUCAUAAAGACAGAUGACAAAGCAGUAAAAGACAUCACAGAGUUACAAACUGGAGACCACAUAGUUUCGUACCGCCACUUUGCUCAUCCAAGGCAUCAUUGCAUCGUUUUAUGGCACGACGGAAUAUCCAAAGUCAAUGUUAUACACAACACUUUUCAUGACGGCGUAAAACAAGAAUGGAUAGACUUUGUCGAUCCAGUGUACAAAGUCAUCUACGACGAAAAGGAUUGCCAUUCUGACGAUGAAGUUUUGGCAAGAGCUGUUUCUAAGCUUGGAGAAAGCUCCUACGAUUUGAUAACCUACAACUGCAAACAUUUUGCCGCAUGGUGCAAGAAACGCUAA